AUGGCAACUUCGCGAACUCGUCCGAAAAUCCCGCCCAGCGUCUCAUCGGACGAUGCUGUGGCCAUUAUCCCUGUCAACGACCCCGAGUUUUCAACCCAUCUGCAAGACACGACCUUCAGAAAGACGGAUAUCGUGCGGCGAUGGUCUACACGAACCCGACGCAAGACCACCAUAGUUGGAGCUCAAGUCUUCUUACUCCGCGCCGAAGACAAGUUUGAGUACACUUUCGGCCGCAUUUCAGCAGCUGGCGCAACUACCAACAUGCCGGACGUACGAUUACCUGGCUCCAGAGUCGCAAAGCAACAGUUCAAGCUUGUGCCGGAUUGGGAGGUCAAUCCGUGGCGCAUCCACUCGAUGUCCGAGACCGUCUUUAUCGUGAAUGAUGUACCACUGCAGAAGCCAACACCGCGAACUAGGAAGUUUAAGGACCCUUUUCCGCACGUAUUGUAUCUCAACCAGACUGGACUCAAUCGCGUCGUUGUCCAAGACGUGCAGAUUGACAUUUGGCUAACGAAGAAUCCACGAGAAGUGAUUACCUCAGAAGACUAUCAACCUGAUCUUGUGGAGCAACCGCUUCAAAACGUCCAGCACAGGCUGGAAGACUGGGCUCAAUCUCAUUAUCUCCCCGGCUCUAACCAGGUCUCCAACAACUCCUUUUCAGUGCUCCAGCGAUUCACUGGCCAGCAAUUUGUUGCCAAGCUGUUCCGUGACAAUGCGCCACGUCGCGACGAGGAGUUCCUAAUGUUCAACAGGAAGCAAGUUGAUGCAUCUAUCGUGCAGUACCUACAAUCUACCGAGGUUGCUAGCAUACCAGUCAUCAUCACAUCUUUACACCAUGGUUUUGCCUCAUAUGCCUCUUUGCGCCAAAGCCUCAUGCAACGGCAUCCGGGCUCACGCUUCUCAGUCGCAACAAAGCUGCUUCGCCGCCUGUAUCCGGCACUAGAGUUCUUACAUUUCCAUGGCAUUGCUCAUGGCAAUGUCUCGCACAACAGCGUGCUUAUGCAUCUUGUCAAUGAUAAGGUGGAGCAAGUCUUACUUGUAGACUAUUCCACCGCACAUUCGUUCUCGCUUGGCGACGCGGCCCCGAAAGACGCUAUGGUCGCUGAUGGGAAAGCAGUCAUUCAGCUGAUCGAUGAUUGUAGCGACCUAUGGACUCUACGAAGAGUCGCACCCAAAGACGCCCAGAAUGAGAAUGUCUUGCGGCAACGCACUUUGGAGGCGGUGCGGAAGUGUAAAAUAGUGAGUCGCUGCUGCCGUGACUACUUCGGUCGUCAAGGCAAAUUAAAGGCCUCAGAGAAAGGCAAGAAGCUGCUACGGCUGCUUGAGAGAAUGGAGAUCGAGUGCAACCGCGCACAAGAUGCACAGCUGUACACCAGUGCCCUGCGAGAGGUCGGCCACGUUUUCAAGUCGACUUUAGACGGCAUGCGCGAGGAACACACCCAAGCGCACGGUCUGCCCAGACUCGGCGAACACAACACGUGGAAUCUAUCUCUAGGCCGCCCGUACCUCGAUGGGUUAGUGACGCGAUUGUAUCACGAUCGGUGGGAUCUAACUCCCCGCGAAAUUUGUGCGAAAAUCAAGGAGCUCGCAGGAGAUAUUGAGGACCCAUGGGAAACGUUUGAAGUCACGACAACGUUUGCCUUUGACCAACAAGACGUCCCUACAGGUCUUGACCGUGAUGGAAGGCCAGCAAGCCGCAAUCUACUUGCAUUUACCAAGCAACCAAUCCUACUCUGGCUGGCAGUCUGCUGCGAGAUCUAUACAGAGUGGCGCUUAUCUAUCGAAAUGGAGGUCGCGAAUAGCAUCCGAUCGCCAGGUAUGGGCGUCACUCGUAAAGAGCUGUACGGUCUUCAGCGCGCACUGCUAAGGCACAGCUUUCUCCCACCGAGUAUGCAUCAGGUCUUCAAGUACCUACUGAGUUCAUACGACAAGCCGCCUGCAGACGUGUACACAGUCGACGUCCUGCACCAGGUAUGCUAUCAUACUCCGUCGAGGAUGUUCAACGUGACGCAACUCCAGCGGCUGUCGUCUCCUCAGAACCUCCGGGCUUGCAUCACAGAAGGCAGGGUGAGUUCCAACCACUUUGCUGAGGUGCGCGGCAGCCCAGUGUUAGAAGGUUGCUACGUAUCGUUGGCAUUGCUUCCCGCAUUCGUCGAGGGGCUGGGCGUCACUGUGCGUGAGAUGCCUAGUCCAUCCCAGGACUUCCCUGCCUUCGAUCCAGCAGACUUCAGCCAGGUGCUACACAAGGGUCGGAUUGUGCUUGCGCGCAGAGGUCUGCUUGCUUAUGCGACGAUGGUUCGGAGCGGUGAUCAGUGUUGCUGGCACGACCUGACCAAACUCGGGAUGGAUUUUGAGACACCCGGCGGCUUCCUGCCCACGUACUUCGGCGACGCGCAGAUCUUGCCGCCACUGCCACCUGGUGGCUUUCACGCGCGACCUGAGCACUGUUCGGGCUUCGCAACAGACGAGCAAGAUGACGACGCUUCAGUAGGUCGUAGUGACAGGCGGGUGGUUCUUGAGGCCAAAAGUCCGGCUGUGAAGGCCGCUGCCUACAGGCGAUAUCACAGGCGAUCACAAUCAGCGAGGCACAGUGCUAUCGACACACCUGUCCAGUCUGCGCUGUCCGCUCUGCUGAGGCAACGCGAAGCAACUCGAGCAGAGGCUUUAGCGAAGCGCAAGGUCGACGCAGCGACUCCUGUCACGCCUCCAAAUCGGCGCGAACGAGCGAGGACUUCGCAGCCAAGCACGAUCCAAGACGUCGAGAAGCUCAUCUCGCGACUCCAGCGCCCACGACGUCGCGGACGUGUCUCUCCAAGAGCCGCCGCCCUCCAACCAAGACGCUGGUGCCGCGCACUUCUGCCCCACGCUGCGGAUGCUGGAUGA